AUGACAAAUUCAGGGGCACCAUUUUCAUUUCUUCGGCACUUUGCCAGCCCAUCGGUUCACAAAGAUAGGCUUGCAAUCGGAGAGACCGCAAAAUACUCCAUUCGCAGAAACCUCGAUAGUCUGUAUUCGCAACUUGAAGAUGCACUGGUGCCUGCAGAUCCGCUGGCGGCGUUUGCAGAGAAUCUUCCGAUGCCCGAAUUCUCCACACAACCUGCGUCAUCCACAGACUACCUUCUCUUUGAAUACCCGUCUGAAGUUCUAUUUCCAUCGAAGCUGUCCAAUCAACUCACUCAGUUGAUAACUGAGCUGGCCGAAACAUCAAAAUCAAUGAUUAACGAACCAGAUAAUUUCCAGCAACCACUCGACAUCAUGGAGUUGACUGCGAUGCUGAGCGUAUCUAAUAUUUCAGCUUUCAUAUCGGCUUUCUUCCAGUCUCUGCACUGGCACUUGCCGAUCGUUCAUUUCCCAACAUUUGACCCCGGCAAUAUUUCGAAUCCACUGCUGCUGGCUAUUUCGUUGGCUGGUGCUGCGUAUAGCCUCCCUAUGGACAAUACGAAUUUCUCCCCGUGGAUUUUUGACGUGGGAGAGGAGUACAUAUUCCGGAAAAUUGCGAAUUCGUCGACUUUAUCCUCUCCGAAAGAUCUUACACAUCUAAUGCCUACCGUGCAGUUGAUACAAAGCGCUCUUAUCAUGGAGAUGCUUCAAUUUGGACGAGAUGAUAUGCAAACCAGACGUCGCAUUCGUAUCAUCCGACACCCCUGCUUGGUCUCGGCGAUAAGAUCCUUUGGAAUUCUUAAAUUGAAGCGAAGCACGGCUCCAAAGAUCUGUGACGACCGGACAUGGCGAAUGUUGGUGGCGGAGGAGAUGUGCAUCAGAAUUGCAUGUUGGGUCUUCCUGGCUGAUGGUUUUCUCACUGUAUGUUUCAAAAAUCAUCCAUCAUUAUCGGUUUUUGAGAUGGACUGUCAUUUCGCCUGGAGGGCUGAGCUAUGGGAAGCUGAGGGCGCCUCGUCUUUCAGUGCGAUUGCCGCGUCCCAUUCAAGAGACACGCCUCUCCCUCCUCUGUGUGAGGUGGUGGAACAAUUACUUGAAACUCCCGAAGACGCCGGCCCAAUACCCUGGAGUUCAUCUCUAUCUCCCGAAGAUCUUCUAAUUCUCAUAUACGCUAUAAACUCCCUCGCAUUUCAGGCCAGGUCGGGUCUACUCAAAUAUCUCUCACUGGAAACGAUCAGUCGAGCUUCCAAUAAUUGGAAACGAAUUUGGGAUUCGGCCGUUGGUUCAUUGGAAAAAGAACAAUUAUUACACCUCGGCUACCCUAAACAUGCCGAAGAACUUUGGUGGCUUUUGAAUGCUACGCUGGAAGUUGCCAACAAGCAUGACAAGAACUUUCCAUAUCUUGACAACACCGCGACUGAUGAGCUAGGGAGCUUGAAUGAGUUCCUACAGUGGUGUUAUCGGAGCGCCCCGUGA